AUGGUUGUCCGUACGAUGUGUGUCGAAUGUGAAGUAGUGACGGAAAAAUCUCAAGCUGUUUGCGAACUGUGCGUGCCUGUAGGAGAUGAUGAAGUGCCUAGUGAUGAACCCUUCCGAGCUGCAUGCCUCACUAGUGAAUACUUGCGUGAUCAGAAUAAGUAUUGGUGCGAGCGCUGUUUACGCUACAAUGAAGCGCGUCGCAGUGUCGCUUACUCUCGGCUGCCUCGUUUACUCGUGCUGCAACUGAAGCGCUUCAGCGGCGGCAUGGAGAAGAUCACCCGGCACGCGCCCACGCCGCUGCUAAUGCCGUGCUUCUGUGAACCCUGUGCCAAGCGGCCACCAGAACAACAGCCAACGCACAGGUACAUUCUUUGGGCAGUGAUAAUGCAUCUUGGACAGACAUUAACCGGAGGUCAUUACGUUGCUUACGCACGUGAUAGUUCGAACGGCGACUUUAAAUGCGAAAGAGAAGGAAACGGGGACGCAACCACCACCAAUAGCAGUUCCAGUUUUAUGAGGACACUCUUCAACAGGCCAAGACCACCACCGAACGGCUGCGCGGCUAAAGACUGCUGUGUGCCCAGACCACGACCAGAAGCAUGCUGGUUAGCCUGUGACGAUGACAUAGUGAAACCUAUUUCCAACGAGGAAUUCGAAGAUUUACUAUCUGCAGAACCCAAAAUGCGUUCAGCAGCCACUCCAUACUUGCUUUUCUAUGUCAAAAGUGAAGUCGGCUAG